ACCCCCCGAGGUGCCUUAUUGCUAUUAUAAACUGGUUAGAAACGUAAUUAGAUAGGUAAAAAUAAAUGUUGUCAUACCCGUGCUAUAUGGUCUCAUAUACCACGGCUUUCAGGCAAUUAGCAUUCAUAUAUAUACAUAUAUGUAUGUAUGUAUGUAUGUAUGUAUGUAUGUAUGUAUGUAUGUAUGUAUGUAUUAUAUAUGAUGUAUGUAUAGAUAUAUAGAGAUAUAUAUAUGAACAUCAGGUAUGUGAGUUUGCAUUGUAAAUUAAUGUUCAACCCCACCAAUGCUCAGUGCAUGGAUACAAAGUAGCCAAUUGGAAGCACUAUCAAAGGACUUGAUGUGAUAUGCAACUGAAAGUGCUCUUUACAUUAUUUAUUUUUUAACUCACUACAUAUAGGUCUACCCAGCAACAAUAGGGGUGUUCAUUAUAGGCAUUUUCCCCUUUUUUUGACAGGAGAUGGAAUUGCCACUCCACACACGAUUAUGUCAUGUGUCCCAAUGCUUGACCUAUUGAUAACCAAUAGCUACUAAGUCACGUGUAAAAAAAAAUGUGUUGACUUUGAUUUUCUUCCCUUGUUUCCAUGCCAUCAGGAGCAUCUGCGUAUCUUCGCAAGCAAUGCGAUUGGACGCAUUUGAGAGGAGCGUAUGUUUGGCUCAUGACACUGUGUUAUGGAUCCCACCAGGUGUCCCUGUUUCAUAAUGAUGGUAGCUUUUCAGAGCUCGUUGUCUUCGUCGAUGUGACUCUGUUUCCGGAUAAUAUUUCAGCGCAAGGAAGGUUUCCACUAGUUACCAUGGCCACAAAUUGGCUAUAUCGUAAAAUUAAUGAAAACUAAAAUGUGAUUUGUGGUCUUCAUUUAAGAUUAGGCAUAAGGUUAGCAGUAUAGUUUAGGUUUAAAAAUCACAUUUAUAGAAGUUACAUUGUAGAAAUACGCGGGGUUUAUGACUUUGUGGCUGUGGUAAGUAGAGACGACCGUGUAAAAAUUGCUGCAAUGUUUACGUGUUGUCUGGGAUGCUGCGGAGAUGGGGGAACCGGGCAUAUUCCUCUCAAAGAAAUGCCCACCGUCCAGUUAGACACGCAUCAUAUGGGCACCGAUGUAGUCAUAGUGAAGAGUGGCCGGAGAAUAUGUGGCACCGGUUGUUGCCUUGCCAACGCUCCCCUGCACCAAAACAAGAGUUACUUUGAGCUCAAGAUCCAGUCCACAGGUAUAUGGGGGAUAGGUGUGGCCACUCAGAAGGUGAACCUGAACCAGGUUCCCAUGGGGCGGGACAUCAACAGCCUUGUCUUGAGGCAUGAUGGCUCGGUGUACCACAACAACGAGGAGAAAAACCGCCUGCCUGCCAACAGUCUUCCACAGGAGGGGGACAUCGUGGGCAUCACAUAUGACCACGUGGAGAUGAAUCUCUAUCUGAAUGGGAAGAAUAUGCACUGUCCAGCUUCAGGGAUCAGAGGCACCGUGUUCCCGGUGGUUUAUGUGGAUGACAGCGCCAUCUUAGACUGCCAGUUCAGUGACUUCUACCAUACGGCACCGCAAGGCUUCGAGAAAAUUCUGUUUGAGCAGCAGAUCUUCUGAGCAUCACCUCCGUAUACCUCCAGACCUUUAUACAUACACACGCACACAACCCUCAGCUAAAAGUGCUCCUUCUUGGUCUGCAGAAAUCUGUGACCUCUUUGUUCCGUCUGGUUUGAGUAUCCCUUUGUUUGUGUGUGUGUGUGUGUGUUGUGUUGCGUCCUGGUUACUCUCUGCUUUAAUGCUGUUCUGGGUCAAUGUGGGUAGUUUAGCUCUUGUUUGAUGCCAACACUGGAGCAGUAAGAAAACAGAUCCCCAGACAGCAGUGAAUGGCAUAGAGUAGACAAAGUGUGGUGUGCAUUUGCAACUGAAAGACAGUCAAGUCAGUCAAUAUUUAUUUUAUUCAGUUAUAAUCAUCCUGCAUUGCCUCAAUCUUUUAUGGUUGCUGCUUCUUUCAGAAAAGAGAGUUUAAACAAUGUAUAGGUGUUUUCUUAUUUAUAUUUAUUUGUUAAAAGCUGACACUAAUGUUCAAUGUUUUGUUUCCCUGAUAAUUUACUUCUAAUUCUAGAUUUAAUUAUAUGUAUUUUGAUUUGUUAUUUUGAUUAUGAUCUGUCUUUAAAAGUAAUUUGUCACGGCUCUGAUUGGCAUUCCAAAUGUCAGCAAUCUGGCGAAGCUCUGCUCAUUGGCUGUAUUCGGGGAUGUGACAUUUUCCAACCCUACUGUAUUUCACCGGUCAGAUAAAUGCAUAUCCUCCUUUGAAGCGUGAAAACGGUCUUAAAUGUUAAAUGCUUAUUUUUGUUUGCACUAAUGAGAUGUAUGUUGAAUAUUAAACCAAAUACAAUAAAGAAACUUGUCUCUGAAAGCA